AUGAAUUCAACCGGAUCCCAUAAAGACUUAGCAGCCAAAUAUCGUCAAAUUUUGGAAAAAGCUAUCCAGUUAACCGGUGCAGACCAACUGGACUCCCUGAAGGCGUUUGUUGAAGCAAUGGUCAAUGAAAAUGUCAGUCUAGUGAUCUCAAGGCAAUUACUAACGGACUUCUGCACCCAUCUGCCAAACUUGCCAGAUGCAACGGCAAAAGCAGUUUAUCAUUUUACCUUGGAAAGAAUUCAGCCCAGAGUGAUCUCCUUUGAGGAACAAGUGGCCUCAAUCAGACAACAUUUGGCAACCAUUUAUGAAAAGGAAGGAGAUUGGAGAAAUGCGGCCCAGGUGUUGGUUGGAAUUCCUCUGGAAACGGGACAGAAACAAUAUAAUGUUGACUACAAGUUGGACACCUACUUGAAAAUUGCCAGGCUUUACUUAGAAGAUGAUGAUCCAGUACAGGCUGAAGCCUACAUAAACAGAGCGUCACUAUUACAAAACGAGUCUGCGAAUGAGCAAUUGCAGAUCCAUUACAAGGUGUGUUAUGCCAAAGUGUUGGAUUUCAGAAGGAAGUUUAUAGAAGCUGCACAAAGAUACAAUGAACUGUCUUACAAGUCGAUUGUCCAUGAAAGCGAACGAUUGGAAGCAUUGAAACACGCUCUCAACUGCACUAUUCUGGCCUCUGCAGGGCAGCAGCGUUCUCGUAUGCUGGCCACUCUGUUCAAAGAUGAACGUUGCCAACAGUUGGCAGCUUACGGGAUUCUGGAAAAAAUGUAUUUGGAUCGAAUUAUUCGAGGAAACCAGCUGCAAGAGUUUGCUGCAAUGCUCAUGCCCCACCAGAAAGCCACCACUGCAGAUGGUUCCAGCAUACUGGACAGAGCUGUAAUUGAACACAACUUGUUGUCAGCAAGUAAACUAUACAAUAACAUAACUUUUGAAGAAUUAGGAGCAUUGUUGGAAAUCCCUCCAGCAAAGGCGGAGAAAAUAGCUUCUCAAAUGAUUACUGAAGGACGCAUGAAUGGCUUCAUUGAUCAGAUCGAUGGCAUUGUACACUUUGAAACCCGUGAACCCCUUCCCACUUGGGACAAGCAAAUACAGUCUCUUUGUUUCCAAGUCAACAACCUUCUGGAGAAGAUCCGAACAGCAGCACCUGAGUGGGCCACACAAGCUAUGGAAACACAAAUGACUCAGUGA